GAUGGCGAUGCACUCCAUUUUACCUUCCAUAAGUCAGCUUGUCAUUGUUUACACAUGUGAUAACCAUUAUUCUUUUCAUUACCAUUCAUUACAUUUGAUUGUUAACAAAUAAAUCAGAAUGACUGAUCAACCAUCAGGCUCUGCUGCUCCAGGUGGGGAACCUAAAUAUGAUAACAUUGCUCGUGUCAAAACCUUAGUGUGGUCUUUGAAACAAUCCGUCCAAGGUUUGAUCAAAAUUUCUGCUGCGUACAUUAGUCACAAUGCUGCUGUUGAUAGUGGACUAAAAGCUCCUGAUGAUAAAGUCUUACCUGCUUUUGAUAAAGCUUUUGAAGAUUUCCAUUCCCUUCUGAAUCAGAUUGAAUUACACUUUAAAACAAUACAAGAAUGUGCCAUUCAGCAAAGACAAAGUCAAAAAUACUUACCUGGUCCAGACAAAUAUAAAGCCGGUCCACCUAAAACUGAACCAUAUAUGGAUUCAGAUCAGACCAUGAAUUACCCUAUAACCAAUAUAUUCAUCUGA